UCACAGAGCCGAGAGGAAAUCAGAUCACUCCUUAUUUAAAGUAAAAUCCAUUUCUCCCCCUUAACGUACCCCCCCCCCCUUUCUUCUUUUUGAUUUUAUUCCUCAGUACUGUUUACUCUUCUCAUCUCUGGCUGAUUGCGCCGUGUCUCUCUCUCUCUCUCUCUCUCUCUCUCUCUCUCUCUCGGUCGUGAUCCUGCCGGUAAACGAGAGCACAGAGCACACCGGAUUAUCUGUUUAGUGCGAUUAGAUUUGGGCUUCCCCUCUCGAUGGGGUGGGCGCUUUUUCCAGUACACACGAGACAUCCGUAAAUAACGCUGUCUCUGUCACGGUUGAGCAAAACUACAAACGCAGCUGAUGUGUAUUUGCCAUAGAGUGUUGUUUAUUAUAGAACUGCUGCACAUCUGGAAGCAAAGCUCCAUGUCCAGCUUUUAUUCUGUUCAAAUCAGUGCUGGGAAUAAUCAGUAAUUCUCAACACCGGCUCUGAUCCAACCACGGCCCAUUUGAAGCUUUCUGGAAGAGGCAGUUUGGUUUUCAUUUAAUAUCUGUUGAUAUUUGAUAGAGUCCAUGAUGCCAUGUAUCCUAACAAAAUGUCCAGGUCCUCUGGUAGAAAAACAGCCCCAAAACAUUAAAGAUCCACCUCCAUAUUUAACCGUGGACAUGAGGUACUUUUCCAUAUGGCUACCUCUCUGUGUACCAAAACCACCUCUGGUGUUUAUUACCAAAAAGCUCUGUUUUGGUUUCAUCUGACCAUAGAACCCGAUACCAUUUGAAGUUCCAGUAGUGUCUGGCAAACUGAAGGCGCUCGAGUUUGUUUUUGGAUGAGAGUAGAGGCGUUUUUCUUGAAACCCUUCCGAACAACUUGUGGUGAUGUAGGUGACUUCGGAUUGUAGUUUUGGAGACUUUCUGACCCCAAGACACAACUAACUCCUGCAAUUCUCCAGCUGUGAUCCUUGGAGAUUUUUUGUCCGCUCGAACCGUCCUCUUCACAGUGCGUUGAGACGAUAUAGACACACGUCCAAUUCCAGGUCGAUUCAUAACAUUUCCAGUUGACUGGAACUUCUUCAUUAUUGCCCUGAUGGUGGAAAUGGCCAUUUUCAAUGCUUGUGCUAUUUUCUUAUAGACACGUCCCAUUGUGUGAAGCUCAACAACCUUUUGCCGCAAUCACAGCUAUAUUCCUCGAUCUUACUCAUUGUUAUGAAUGACUGGUGUAUGUUGCCUCAUAUUUAUACCUCUGUGAAACAGGAAGUCAUGGUCGAACAAUUUCCUGUUCCUAGUCACUCAGGUGUACUAAAAAAUUGUAAAAUAUCAAUGGGAAUAUAAUUCAAAUAUUUUUCUUGUAUGAUUUCAUAUUUUUUUGGUUUUUUGAUGAACCUGUUUUGUUUUGAUAUGCAUGAGAGCAGAGUAAUUUUGUGUUUUUUUUUUUUUGAACAAACGAUCAAAAGGUUCAAACGAUAAAGAUGAUUUUUCACAGCCUUCUUUGCUCAUGUUUACCAAGGGGGCCAAUAUUAAUGGAGGACACUGUGUGUAUACACACACACAGUAAAUAAAUAAGGUCAUGAGCAGUGAAUAUGUGCAGUAGCUAGUAGGGCUGGGCGAUAUGACAACGAUAUCAUAUCACGAUACUUGUGGACAUUUCUUCGAUACACAGCGUGUAUGAUGGUAUAUGGUGUAGCUAACAAACUGUCUGCGAAACAGAAGUAAAACGAACAUCCUUAAACUGAGUUUGACGAUACAAAGAAAUUUAAGCUUUAAAAAAAAAAUGUCAACAGCAUCCAUUCAUUACCAUUUUAAUUCGUAAUUAUUAAAAAAAAAUAAAAUAAAAAAGAUAUCCAACGAUAUCUCAGAAAAUUGUAUCAUGUACUCAUUUAUCACAAUAUUUAAAAUAUAUGGAUAUAUCGCCCAGCAGUAGUAGCUGUUGAGUAGAUACUAGUGAACGUUAAUCAACACCUUCUGACCAAUCAGAAUCGAGAACACUUAAUCAGCGACCUAAUGCGUUAUGGAGCUUUUAACCAUAUCCACAUCCAUCCAUCCAUUUUCUGUGCCGCUUAUUCUAUACAGGGUCACGGGGAGCCUGGAGUCUAUCCCAGGGGACACUGGGCACGAGGCGGGGGACACCCUGGACGGGGUGCCAGCUCAUCGCAGGGCACAGUCACAGUCACACACACAUUCACACACCCUUUCAUAUGCUACUGCCAAUCAACUUACAACGCAUGUCUUUGGACUGGGGAGGAAAACGGAGUAUCCGGAGGAAACCCCGAAGCACGGGGAGAACAUGCAAACUCCACACACACACACACACACACAGGGCGGAGACGGGAUUCGAACCCCCCAACCCUGGAGAUGUGAGGCAAACGUGCUAAACGUUAAGCCACCACAUCCGCCCCCCUUUAAACCACAUAUGACUCGUCAUCUCUAGUCAUUUUGUUUUUCUUUGCUGUGUUAGUUUUGUUGUAGCGUAGUGAGUACACCGUGAUCCGUCCAACAUGUGGAAUUGGAUCGGUAGCCGGAUCCUAGCCGGAUCACCCGCCCCAAGGUCCUACUUGUUUGGUUUGGCAUACUCACGUUUUCACGCCUCCAUCACCACUUACAACAAUGUGUUUGGCACAGUGUUCUUCGGAUGUGGGACGCUGGUCCGGUCCGGUCCGUUCGUUUUCUUCCUUCCUCUCCCACCCGUUUCCGUGGUCCGACCUGAUGGACCUUCACCUCCGCUAGAGAGCAGCGUAUGAGUAGCGCUGCGAGAGGGAAGGGAUUUAGCCGUGUCAUGAUGAUGUGAGAAACGUUUGUGUAGACAGAUGGCAGCUUGAUUAGAAGAGGGAGGUGGAAAGAGAUGCCUUCUGGGAGAAUUACUCCAUAUCUCUCUCUCUCUCUCUUGCUCCCUCUCUCUCUCUCUCUCUCUCACACACACACACACACACACACCCACACACACCCAUCCGUCUAUAAUUCAGUCUCGCUCUGUCUGUGAGUCGGGGUUCCCUCUACACUGUCUGACAUAACAGGAAACGGAUACGGCGUUUACUACCGCGCAAGACUUUCAGCCCAGUUUGUUUUGUUAUUUUUCUUUCAAAAUUUUCUGUUUUUCUUUUUUUCCGAUCGUGACUUGUGUUCCAUAGGAGAAGUGAAAUGAACUCCACCUUUCUCCCUGCCUACUGUGUGUGUGUCUCUCUCUCUCUCGUAUGUGUUGGAUGGCUUUUAUAAGUGUAGAAAGCUUCCUCUUUUGUGUCACUGCUGUGGUCUAGACGUGUGUGUGUGUGUGUGUGUGUGUGUUUUUGGCGCUCCGAUAAGGGGGACCUCGCUUUGGUUUGAGCUGAAGCUAGAAAGGAAUUGGGCAGGGGGAAGGGAGGACGAAUGGUUGUAGGGAAGCAGGGGCGGGGGAGAUGAAGGUGUGUGUGAGAGAGUGGUUUGGUGGGGGAGAAACACACAGAGAGAGAGAGAGAGAGAGAGAGAGAGAGGCAGGAAGGGUGGGAGGGUGGAGAGACCUCGAGCUAUUGAUGGGUAAAGAAGGGAGGGGUUGAGAGAGCGAACGAGUAAGCAAGUGUGUGUGUGUGUGUGUGAGCGAGAGAGAGCGCACACGGAGGGAGGGGUGUGUGUGUGAGAGAGAGUGUGGGCAGAGACUAUUCUGAAUGAGGAAGCGGCAGAGCCAUUUUCACCGUUGAGUAAGAGCACGCCGCUGUUUCGGGAGAGAGCAGGGAAAGAAAAGAGAGCUCAGUUUCUGGAUUUUUUUUUCCUCCUUCUUCCUAGGCGUCUCUCUCUCGGUCUCUCUGUUUCUCUCUCUUUAUCUCUCCGUCUUUGUGUUGAAUGAGCGAGGCUUUCGGUGGCGGGACACAAUGGGGCGAAGUGCCUGUGGCGACUGGGCCGUUGUCCUCCUGAGAGGGGGAGGGGGAAGAGAGAAGACCGGCGCACAGAGCUAACGCAGCUAGCCGGCCUCGGGCCUCUUCUACCGCUCUCGCGCUCUCUCUCUCCUUCUCUUUCCCUCUCUCUCUCUCUCCUUCUCUUUCCCUCUCGCUCUGUCUCUCUCACACACACACACACUCCUUUUCUCUCAUUUCUCUCUCAUUAAGCUGAACAGGAGCUCUCUCUCUCUCUCUCUUUAUUAUUAUUUUUUAAAUUAGUUUUCGUUUUUUUCCCUUCCUGGACUUUUCCUUCUCUCAGGACUUAAAAUCUUCGCUCUUCUCAGGAUUAUCGUGGACUUCCUGUGGAUUUAACAUGUGUUUGGCACAGUGGAUCUCGGGACACGUUGAUCUGAACUGGAGAUUUGAAAGCUAGCUGUGCUCAUGUUUUGGGAUUAGAGCAGUCCAUUUAAAAAAAGAAAGAAAGAAAGAAAGAGAGAGAAGUUUUCAGCCUCUUUUUCUCCCCCCCUUUCGGUUUUGUUUUCUGGAGACAGGAACCUAUAAAUGGAUUACAAGAUGCAUUCCAAGUCCAAUGAUUUGCUGGAUUUUCAGACACUGGAUGCCCUUUUGGAAAAAAUUGCACAUUAUUCAGCAGCUGUAAAAAGAGAUCCCAGCGAGGAGUGCAAUGGAAUCGGCGGCGCUCUCCCUGCAGAGGCCGCGCCCGGCUCGCGGCUGAACGAGUGGUGUCCCGUGGCCCCUCCUCUUCUUCCUCCUCCUCCACCUCCUGCAUCUGCCCCGGUGCCUGUGCUCCAUCCGACCAGUAUGGGUGACGGUCUGGACGCCGCACCGAUGUCAGGGAGCAGCAGCAGCAGCCAGGGGCAACCCCAGCCCCAGUCUCAGCCCUCUCACGCAUUCAACCCCCCUCCCCCGGAGAUCGUCGAUUCAUCACGGCCAAAGCGCCAGACCAACCAGCUGCAAUAUCUCUCCAAGGUGGUGCUCAAGACGCUGUGGAAGCACCAGUUCUCGUGGCCCUUCCAGGCUCCCGUAGAUGCCGUCAAGCUAAACCUGCCUGACUAUUACAAGAUCAUUAAAAACCCUAUGGACAUGGGAACAAUCAAGAAGCGGCUCGAGAACAGUUACUACUGGAACGCCCAAGAAUGUAUUCAAGACUUCAACACCAUGUUUACCAACUGCUACAUCUACAACAAGGCAGGGGAUGACAUAGUCUUAAUGGCCGAGGCACUGGAGAAACUGUUCCUCCAGAAGAUUUCGGAAAUGCCCCAGGAGGAGAACGAGAUUGCCGUCAUGACUCCGAAGGGCCGUGGUCGGGGCAGGAGGGACCCAGGGUUGAACAUAAAGCCCCCCGGACCCGGCUUAGAUUCUCCGUCGACGACCCCUCAGACUCGUGGCAUUUCCAAUCACGGAGCAGGGCCACAGACUAGAGGACCCAUACCAGGUCCUCCAGCGCUCCCUCCACAGGUGGCUCUGCAGCAAGCUCUACCCCCUCGAGUUCCCCCUACGAUCCCCCAGCUGGGUCCUCCCUUUCCGCUCGGCCCUUCAGACUGCAACCCUCCGGGCACCAUCAUGACCUCGGUGCCUCCCCCGACCCAGACUGCCCUUCCACCCAUGCCCAUUCAACAGAGUCCUGCACCGAUGCUUCAGAGCGUCAUGCCUAAAGUGAGUCCUCAGAGAAUAAAGCAGAGAAAAAGCCAGAAGAGGAAAGCAGACACGACGACCCCCACCGCCAAUGACCAGCUGAGCGAGUCGUCUCCCGCGGAGUCCAAGUCAGGAAAGACUCUCCCCCGGCGAGAGAGCGUGCGGCCGUCGAAACAACCCAAGAAAGAAGCGCCGGAUUCCCAGCACCAUCUGGCCUACAGCGCGCCCGCCGGCCCAAACAGCCCCAAAGUGCUGGAGCAGCUACGCUACUGCGCCGGCAUCGUGAAGGAGAUGUUCGCUAAGAAGCACACCGCUUACGCCUGGCCUUUCUACAAGCCGGUUGAUGUGGAGACUCUGGGACUACAUGACUACCAUGACAUCAUCAAACACCCCAUGGACCUCACCACCAUCAAGGACAAGUUGGACAACAGACAGUACAGAGACGCGCAGGAGUUUGCCGCGGACGUGCGGUUAAUGUUCUCCAACUGCUACAAGUACAACCCUCCAGACCACGAGGUUGUGGUGAUGGCGCGCAAGCUGCAGGACGUGUUUGAGAUGCGCUUUGCUAAGAUGCCGGAUGAGCCCGAGGAGGUCUUUACCCCUGCGCCUGCCCCCGUGCUGCACCCUGCGGCCCCUGUGAAGCCUCAGCCGCCCAUCGCCGCCCCCUCGUCCUCCGACAGCUCCAGCGACUCCUCGUCCGAGUCGGAAUCCUCCACCGACGACUCGGAAGAGGAGAGAGCUCAGAGGCUGGCGGAGCUCAAGGAGCAGGUGCGGAAAAAAGACCUCAAGGCGGUCCACGAGCAGCUGGCAGCCCUGUCUCAGCCCCAGGCCAGCAAACCAAAGAAGAAAGAGAAGGACAAGAAGGAAAAGAAGAAGGAGAAGCACAAAAAGAAAGCCAUCCCCGGACUGGACGAGAUCCUCGAGCCUCCUUCUGCUCUCCCGACCCCGAAGAGCAAGAACAAGAACAACAAAGAUCCUCUGCCCAAGAAGACCAAGAAGCCAAGUAAGAAGGAAGGCAUGAAGAACAACCGCUCCAUUCCUCCCCCGGGCACAGCACCUCCCACCCUGCAGCCUGGGCCUGGCCUCGACCCCGUGGAAGAGUCAGGUCUGGCAGGGGGACCGGGAUCCGCGGGCUUGGUACCUGCCGAAAAGUGCAAGCCCAUGUCCUACGAGGAGAAGAGACAGCUGAGCCUCGACAUCAAUAAGCUGCCUGGGGACAAGCUGGGCCGUGUGGUCCACAUCAUUCAAUCCCGCGAGCCUUCGCUGAAAAACUCCAACCCGGACGAGAUCGAGAUCGACUUCGAGACGCUAAAACCUUCCACGCUGCGAGAGCUGGAGAGAUACGUUUCGUCCUGUCUCCGCAAGAAGAAGAAGCCUCCAGAAAAGACCGUGGAGACUAUGAGCGCUAAGCCAAAAGGCUCGUCUUCAGACUCGGGCAGCAGCAGCGAGUCGAGCUCGUCCGACAGCGAGGACUCGGAGUCAGGAAUGGCCUCUAAAUUGAAGAAGAGAGGUCACUCUGCUAAAGAGGGGAAGAAAGGCCACCACCCGGUGAUCGCGCCAGGUAUGGUACAGCCCCAGAUGCCCCUCCAGCCCCAGGCUCCGGUCUUACAGCCCACAGCUCAGCUAAAACAACAGCAGCAGCCACAACAGCAGCAGCAGCAGCAGCAUCCGUCUCCUGCAGCGUACAUGGCUCCUCAGGUCACGGCGCUGGAGUCGUCGCAGCUGCUCGAGAACACGUUUGACUCUUUGCCCCAUUUUGGACAGCCCCUCAUGCACAUGUCCCACCACACCAACGACUCGUCCUCUCCUGCCCCGCCUCACCUCAACGCUCACACAGCAAGUGGCCCCGGGUCACCUGACACGCACCCGUUCUUAAACCAGCACCCCAUCCUCCAAUCCCCAGCACUGCACAACGCUCUGCCUCAGCAGCCUUCACGUCCUAGCAACAGAGCAGCGCCGCUCCCCGCCAAACCCCCGCAGCCCUCGACUCCCCAGCAGCCUCUGCAGCUCCAGCCCCAGCAGCCCCCUCAACCCCAGCACCACCUCCCUCCUCACCUCCUGCACCCCCAUCAGCCCAUCCGCCAGAGGCCGCUGUCCCCUCCUACGCUCACCCCGCAGGGCCUUCUCUCCUCACAGCCUCCUCAGUUACUGCUGGAGGAUGAUGAGGAACCCAUGCCCACCAUGCCCCUCAACCAGGUCCUCUUCCUGCAGCAGCUGCAGCAGGGUCGACAGCAGCAGCAGCAGCAGCAGGUCCCACUCAUGCAGGCCCUCCAGGGCCGUCAGUCACAGCCACAGAGCCAGCCUUCCCUGUUGCAGACGGUGCAGGUGCAGUCACAGCUUCCUGUGCAGACCCAACUGUCUGUCCAAACUCAACCCCAGGCUGCUCCAGUGCACCAGCCCUCGCCGCAGAUGCCCCAGCAUGCACCCAGACACAUGCAGCAAUCACAGAGCCAGCAGCAACAACAACAGCAGCAGCAGCAGCAGCAGCAGCUGGCUUUCUCACAAGGCCCAGUGCAGACCACACAGACGCAGCCGGCGCAGCACAAAGUGGCCAUGACUCCCAGUAAAGCGCAGCAGCAGAUUAUUCAGCAGCAGCAGCAGCAGCAUCCUUCUCCACGUCAACACAAACCUGAUCCCUAUAGCACAGGACACCUGAUAGAGAACCCCUCUCCUCUUAUGAUGCAUUCCCCUCAGAUUUCUCAGUAUCCUCCUGUAGGCCAUCAGUCUCCUCCACAAAACCUCCAGCCUAAAAAAGAGCCGCAGCGAGGGCCGCCGGCUCUCGGGCCUCUGAAGGAGGAGAAGCAGUCGCCCUCGCCCGUGAUGAGGAGCGAAUCCUUCAGCCCGCCUAUACGCCAGGAACCACACAAACAGCCUGAGAGCAAGACGCACAUGCCGGGCCACGGCCAGCAGAGGCCAGACAUGAAGCCUCUGGACACGUCUCGCCCCGUAAUCCGCUCCUCGGACCAUAGCGGUCCACCCCCCACCAUGCCGGACAAGGACAAGUUCAAACAGGAGCCCAAGACUCCUGUGGCUCCUAAAAAGGUACAGGAUGUGAAACUGAAGAACAUGGGCUCAUGGGCAAGCCUGGCGCAGAGGUCCACGUCUACGCCGUCCUCGGCGGUGAAAUCGAGCAGCGACAGCUUCGAGCAGUUCCGCCGUGCAGCCCGGGAGAAGGAGGAGCGGGAGAAAGCGCUGAAGGCUCAAGCAGAGCAGGCAGAGAAGGACCGGCAGCGCAGAGACCAGGAGAAACAUCGGGGCCGUGAUGAUGAAGAUACGAUGGAGGUUCCUCGGAGGCCCCAUGAGGAGCAGCGGAGGCGCUCUGAGCACCAGCAAGCCCAGGCCGCUCCGCCACAACAGCAGCACCAGGCCCCGUCCCAAACGCCGACCCAACAGCCCCAGACGCCGUCCGCCCCGCAGCCGUCGCAGGCUCCCCCUCAGUCUCCAGCCUCCAGCCAGAGCGCCCUCGACCAGCAGAGAGAGAUGGCACGCCGCCGCGAGCAAGAGAGGAGGAGGAGAGAGGCGAUGGCAGCUACCAUCGACAUGAACUUCCAAAGCGAUCUGAUGGCGAUCUUCGAGGAGAACUUGUUCUGAAAUGCACGAGGAGGCACGAGAGACCGCAAAACAAAACAAAAAACAACAACAAAAAAAAAACCUGACAACAAACGUAAACAAAACAAAACCGCGAACGGAUUCCUCUGCGUAGAGCGAAACGGACCGAUGAAGCAGUAAGGGAAUUUUAAUAAAAACGUUUAAUAAUUAUAAAAGACCCCGACUGGGAGCAUGAGAAAAGCACCGCAGAGGCAGAGAUGGCACUUGGCGAAGCUGAGGCCUUGACAGGACGCCCCCUGUAGCCUUAGCGGGGGGGAAUAAAAGAGGGACCCUCGAGCUGGGACAUCAUUGCCUCUCUGGCAUUAUUCCUGGAUUUAAACCCAUAUAAGUAGCAGGAAGGAGAGGACGUUUCCGUGGGGCGCCCUUUCGCACGUAUGGGAGCAAUGCUUUGGACCUUGAUAUCAGUGGAAGUAUAUCUAAGUGACAACAGUUUAAAACGUACUGAUUUACCCGUAGUAGGCUGUUCAUCAACUGCCAGAUGUGUAAGGGGUAUUGCUUUUUUUUUUUUUUUUUUCUUUUUUUUUUUUUUUUUUUCCUCCUUUUCUUUUCUUUUUUCUUUCUUUUUUUUUUUUUGGAACACAAGCAAGCGAUUUAUGCUAACAACUCAUGAUCAUAACGUGAGGAGGAGGUACACACCAACCUCACCAUACGCAACACAACAUUCACCGAGCAGCAACAAAAAUAAUACUCCCAAAAACACACACACAUACAAGUGUUAACACUUUCUUUUCUUUUGUUUCCCCAUUAUGUAGGAUCUACUGUAAACAUAUUUUUAUUUUCUUAAAGAUUACGUUUUGUUUUUUUUCCUUUUAAACUUUCUUACCAACACUUAACCCUUUUUCUUCUGAUGUCUAUGCCAAACAAGAGUCCUAGUCCCUGAUAUAUAUAUAUAUUUUUUUUCUUUCAUUUAAUGCGCCUUUUCAUUUCGUUUUUCUUUUUUUUCUUUCUUUUUUUUUUUUUUUUAAUAUAUAGAUAUAUUUUCUUGUCCUCCACACCAGACGUGAAAGUUUAGGUAGGCUUGUUAGUAGAAUAAACCUAAUAUAUGCAUUAUUCCGACAAUUGAAGACGAAAAAAAAAAAAAGGUUAAGUUAUACUCUAAUCCGGCGCGAGAGGAGCGGUUUACCUGUUGAUCCUUGAGUUUGAGAUUUGUUUUUGAAAAGCGUACAGUGCGACAUUACUUUGUGUAUUAUACAUUAUAGAAAGAAGACCUGAAAGCGUCUGGGGAAGCGGUUCAGGUUCACGCUUUACUGCGUUUCUAGAAAUAACCGUAAGCUCGAGUGCGUAUGAGCAGCCGGCUGACUCUGAAUCCUCUGAGACUCCUCCGAAGUCACGUCUCGAGCACUCGGACAUGUAGUGCAUGGCUCCUCUCUCUCUCUCUCUCUCUCUCUCUCUCUCUCUCUCUCUCUAUCUCUCUCUCACUCUCGCUUUUAUUUUUUUCCUGUUUGUUUGUUUUUGUUUUGUUUUUUAUUCUUUUCUCCUUUCGCAGAUCGUUUCAUGAUAAGCAACCGGAGGGGACUGUACGCCGUUCUAAACGUGACCGAUUACGAGAGAUUUUGAAAAAAGAAAAAAAGGAAAAAAAAAACAUUACACAGAGAAAAAAAAAAAAAAAAGCGCAACAGUUCUGAUUUUAUAUCAUUGUUCUUGUUCAAUUAUAGUGGCUGUGAGUUCUAAUUAUGUUCUUUGAGUCGGAUUUAAGGGUGGGGCGGAAGGGGAGGGCAGGGUGGUGUUUCGAGGGGCACACUUUAAUUAAUUAAAGCAGGUUCUCUCGAGUUUUCUCCUAUGGUGUUUUCUCCAGUGCCUGUAUUGUAUUGCGAUUCUAGUUGGCAUAUAUUACACUCUCGGGGAGGGGAGAGGGAGGGGGACGUGAAAAGGUUUCGGGAGGGAGAACUUGCAGUUUAGCGUGGGGGGGAAAGCCUGUGUUAAAAAAUAAAAAAAAAUAAUAAUUAAAAAAAAGGAAAAAAAAAUACACACACAAAAGAAAGGUCAACAUUUUAUAUUC